ACAGGAAAAAAAAACAUCCGGUCGCGAGCUUUGACCAGGGUGGCUUGGUUUAGCUUCGCUCUCGCAUCGAUGACCGUAAUGAGAAUCAAGAGUGGACGUGUGUUCUGUCAUGCUGCAUCCAAAGUAGGGAGCCGCCCGGUUUACAACCAAACAAUAUAAACCCUCCUUGACUUUCCUUCGGCGUGAGAGUUGAAAGAAGGUGUGAAUGAGUGACGUGGUGCCUCCCACAGCUCUCAGUGAAGUCCAGCUGCGGUUCCUGUGCCACGAUGACAUAGACAGCGUGAAACUGCUCUGCGGUGACUGGUUUCCAAUCGAGUACCCAGACUCAUGGUACCAGGACAUCACCUCCAACAAGAAGUUCUUUUCUCUCGCCGCCACCUUCAGAGGAGGCAUUGUGGGAAUGAUUGUGGCAGAGAUCAAAGGUCGGACCAAAGUACAUAAAGAGGACGGAGAUGUUCUUGCAUCCAGUUUCCCCGUGGACACACAGGUAGCCUACAUCCUCAGCCUAGGAGUGGUUAAAGAGUUCAGAAAACACGGCAUAGGCUCCUUACUGCUGGACAGUCUGAAGGAGCACAUUUCCACAACAGCCCAGGACCACUGCAAGGCCAUCUAUCUGCAUGUUCUCACCACCAACAACACUGCCAUACACUUCUACGAGAACAGGGACUUCAAGCAACACCACUACCUGCCCUACUACUACUCCAUACACGGCGUCUUGAAAGAUGGAUUCACGUAUGUGCUCUACAUCAAUGGGGGUCAUCCACCUUGGACAAUAUUCGAUUAUAUCCAGCACAUUGGUUCAACCCUAGCCAACCUGAGCCCCUGCUCCAUCCCACAGAGGUUGUAUCGACAGGCCCAGUCCCUGCUGCGAUCUCUGCUACCAUGGUCCAACAUCGCCUCCAAGACUGGCAUACAAUACGGCCGAACAAUGUGACUCCACAUUGCAGGAAGUGUUCCGUUUCCCACCAGUCUUCCCGAAUGCAGUUCGUAUAUUCCCACCCCUCGGCAUGCCGCGUCGGACACACAUUCUGGGUUCACCCGGAAUCGAUGCACGUUUGACGCACAAGAUCUCGACCCGUCGCUCUGCAUGGUGGUUGCGCUGCAUUGUUAUCAAACAUGCAAUGUCGUGUUUACACUGACAGCACGGAGCAGUUAGCAGUUAGCCAUCAGUUAUUCUAAUCUGUUACAACUAUUCCAUUCCACAAUUGCGAUAGUUGCGCGUUUUUAGUCUUAUCAUACCAAAACUGAGCCGUGUCAGACACAAGUCUGAACCGCGGUGUCAGAGUUGAAGUCCGAUUUGGUGCGGAAGGGAUUUUUAGCCCCGCUGCAUUGGAUUAGUCCAGUGAUUCCGACCCGACCGAUAUACUUUGGCCCCGCCUCGCCCAUUUCAUUCACGUGUAUGGCUACUAUUGGUAUAUUAUAUAUACUAAGUUAAUAGAUUUCAUAUACAGUGUGUCUUAUAUUGCUGCUGCCCGUUUUUUUCAAUAAGCACCCUUUUCUCUUUUUGACUAGAUAGAAUUUGAGUCCAUAUCAAACUGCGACAUCGGGACCCGAGAGAACACAUCUCAUUGGACUGUGACUCGAGCAAUGCUUUUUAAGGCUGGUCGUGUAGAAUAGAGCGAGUAAUUUAUUUGGGAACAAUGAAACGCAAUGCGGAUCGGCAAUUAUUUUAGUAUCGCUGGCGUGUUACAUGACGUUCCCUUUUUGAAAACGGAUGAAAAUGACUUUGUUUGUGCAAUAACCGAUUGUACUGUAAUGUAUUUGUGACAUCAGCGCCGACCCCUAGACGGACACAUUUCAGCUUAUUACGACAGUCGGAACCCGCUGCAACAAAAUGUUUACAGGCAUUUCGCAUCAAGCGAACCCAUUUUAAAAGUCUUACAUUGCGAUGAAGUUAGCUUCAAUAGCUACUCGUGUAGUAUCAUCCGUACAAGAAGGGCACCGUUGCUCAGGUCCUCAUUUUAAAGGUUUGAAAAGAACUGGAUGCAGUCUUGUCGCUUCCCUGUCUGUGAAGUUGCUGCUAAUGUAAAUGAAUGACCACUCGUUUGUCACGUUUUAAAUGAUGAUUCAGAUUUGAUUUCAACAUCUGCUUGAUAUCUAAUUGUAUGCAGUACUUAAUGCUCCCAAAAUAGAAAUAUUUGUUCCAUCUGUGUGCGUGCAUCUGUUUCACGGUCAUGAAUUGGCGCGUAUAAAGUGCCAAAUCUUGGUCUACAUACGUUCAAGCAGACCUUUUUUUUUUUGUUACACUGUAGUUUUUCCACUUUGGUUGCGUUUUGUCACACAUUAUACGUAACAGUGGCUGUGAAAUGUGUUAUUCAAAGGUGUGAAUUUCCAAAAGAAUAUUUCAGACAGUUUGUAUGCAAUAAAAUUUCUUUGGAUUGUAACAA